ACGAUUGUACAUUUUGAAAAGAAAAGAAAAGAAAAUAAUACUUUCAAAAACACAAACCCAAUCAAGUUGGGUGGUGCAUGCAUGUGUUGUUAGGUGUUUUUUCUGGUAGCUGCCGGCCGGAUCCAUCCAUCCGUCCAUGAUCCAUCCAUGCCUGACUGUCACUCGGCGCCGGAAGGCCGGUCCACUCCCAUGGCCAUGGUCCAUUUCAUCAAAGCAGAUUACAACAACAAGCUGCCCCAACAGUAGCUCCUACAGUAGCCUCUCCUCUUCAUCUUCUUCUUCCUCCUCCUCAUCUCUGAAUCAUAAGAGCAUCCCCAACAAGCGCGGCGCGCUAGAAAGUAGAAAGGCGUGUCAAAAGACACUGAAGCUUCCUCGAACGAAUCCACCUCCUCCAUAUCUUCUCUUCUCCUUCGCAUAUAUCCAAGCAUUCUUUACUCGCGCCACUAGCUAGCUAGCUACCGUGCGUGCUCUGCAUGCCAACGCCGCCUCGUGCCCACUAGCCGCACGUACUACGUAGCGGGUUCUCUCGAGAGCGCGGCGCGCCAUGAGCAACGUGUUCGGCGUCGGCGGCCAUGGCCGUGGUGAUUACGGCCAUGGAGGAGGAGGAGGAGGAGGAGGGGAGCAGCACGGGGGCGCGGACGGCACGCUGCUGUGCUACUUCCACCCGAGGGAGCUGCUGGUCGGGGUCUGCGCGCACUGCCUCCGGGAGCGCCUGCUGCUGCUCCUCGCCGCCAAGUCCGGCAACGGCGGCGGCACGGGUCGAGCGCGCCCGCCGGCCGACGGCGCCAGCUACCUGUCGGCGCGGCCCUACUGCCGGGCGCUCCGGCGCCGGACGGGGAGCAUCUCCAGCUCGCUCCCCAAGGUGUUCGCGCUCGGCUCCUUCCUCCAGCGCCUCGACUCCUCCCGCCACCACCCCCACCACCACCACCCCGACGAGGCCGUCCACGACCACGACGGUUGCGAGGACAAGAACGCCGGCGGCGAGGACGAUGACGACGCCGCCUCCAUCGCGAGCCUCGACGACUCCUUCAUAUCGAUCAAGUUCGAGGACAACGGCAAGGCGACGUGGGUGGACAGCCAGCAGACGUCGCUAAAGCCGGCGCGCGAGGCCCCGGCGGCGGCAUCCACCACGACCAAGACGACGGCGGCGACGAAGACGGCGUUGGUGGUGGAGCAGGCGGGGCGGCGGGGCGGCGUGACGCGGUGGCGGAAGCAGGUGGUGGGGCGGCUGCUGCAGCUGGCGCGGUGGAAGCGGGCGUCGGGCAAGCAGUCGUCGUCGUCCUCGGCGGCGGCGGACCAGCGGGCGAAGGCGCGUGGCGGCGGCGGCGGCCGGGGCUGGAUCCGGAGCCUGACGCGGCGGCGCGCCGCGCACGGCGAGAGGGCGUGGUCGUGAGCGGGCCACGGCCACCUACACGCCACCGCACGUCCACACGUGAUGGGUGGAUCGAGGAGUAUGUUAUGUACGUACGCACGCACGUGGUGCUCCUGUUUGUUUGUGCAUACGGGCAGCCACAGAUCCAUCCAUAUCCCAUAUCCAUUUCCAUGGAGAUACAAAAUAUAUAUAGCAAUCAUAAUCAUAUUUAUAUAGAUAUAUGUAUACACAGCAAAAGAAACGAAUGGAUCUCGUUUCUUUCUUGCAGAUCUCGUUUCUUUCUUGCUGCAUGAGAGGUGUUUGCUUGUCCCCAAGAUCUUGCUCGCUCAUUAGUUUUGACAGAUAAAAACAGAUAGAAAAAAUUGGCUUGUUGUGUACAUA